AUUAAAUUUUUAUUCACAAUUGUGUUGAUCAUAAUAGUUUUUGGAUAAUAUUGAGUUUUUUUGCACCGACUCUCAUAGAAAACUACGAAUAUGCAUGCGUAUAUUCCUGCGACUUUCUAAACAGCAAGUUUUGAUUGAUGCAUUUUUGAUCUGAAAGCUAUUACUGACCUCAGUUUAAAUUCCAAAACGAUUUUUCGUCUAUGAUUAUGUUUAAGAGUCGAUAAGGUAGUUCAAGCUUUAUAUAGGUCACAUUGAUUUUUUUUCAGAAACAGUCUCAAAAUUUGUUCAGGCUCAAAUUUAUUUUUUUUUGCGGUUUGGUUUUUGUCUUCUUUUCAAGCAAGGUCACUUCAUAUCUUUUGUUAAAAUGUAGGCAAACUCAACUAUCGAACAGCGAAAGCGUAAAGGUCACGAAAAAUGUGAUCAAAUUCUAAUUUCGAAAAUGGAAAAUAUUUAUCAGAUUUCCUAGCGAAAUGAAAAUUUUAGCUAUUGAUCCAGUUUUCUCAAAUUGGUUAAAUAUAUCAAAAAAGUGGCAACCAUAAGUUGUUUCAGAACUUUCAAGAGCUUUGAUACCAUAUAUUUUUCCGUAGACUUUCAAAAGAUGAGAUUUUUCCAAAAAAGCUAGUCAAUUGUUUUUCUUAAGUUGCAUUCAUCGACUCUGUUUAGGUGUUUAUAAAUUGCCAAACUAAUUCGUGCAAGUGCUCCAAUUUUCAUUCAACGCGGUGCGUAGUCGGUGAUACAAUCCGGUGCAAACAUCAGUCCAAAGUGAUUUGGGAAAAGCUAAUUGCACCAAAUAAUGUAUAACUAGACUUAAAACAUAUGUACUUUAAAUUGCGUGCGUCUGGGAAGAAGAUCUCAGAAAAACAACUUUAAAAAAAUGAUAAAUCAAACUAUCGAAAAACAAGUUUAGAUAUGUUAAAAUGGUAGCCGGAAGUUUCAGAGCUUUGAUAGAAGAGGUCUUGUUAAACUUAGUAAGUUUGGAUUGCAUGAACUUGCUGGUUUUCUAAGGUUUUCCGUCAUUUUUGGCGAAUGGUGGUACACGAAGUAUUUCAAUUUAUUCCAACAUAAAUUGAAGCCGUUUUUUUCAUCUCAUUUCAUAAUCUAUCGCUCACAAAAUCCAAUUUGAUUUAAUUUUUUAUAAACAUUGCCUGGUCUUAUUCUUCCUACACGCGUUCAUUUAGAUUUUCCCUGCGUCAUCAGUUGCGAUAAUCUGGAUUAAGUUCAGUUGAGAUGAUGAAAUUUUCAAUUGCCAGUUACGCUGGAAGUGAACCGCACGCUUUAUGUUGGUACUAUUUCAAUUCAACUUGGAUUGCGCAGCACUGGCUGAAGUGAAGGGAAAUCCUUGAUAGUAACAACAAAGCUCUCUCUGAGAGGGAACAUUUGGCUGAUUAAAUAGUGCACUUUUGUGAUUUUCUUCCGUUAAAUUUGCUUUUUUCUGAUGAUCGUUCUUUUCUAUUCACGUGGCCUAUUGCAUAGGGGUGACAUUUGACAUUUCUUUGAGAAUUUGGAGAGGGACCUUUUUAGAUUUACGUAAUUUAAUGUUAUUAAAUAAAUAACCGCUCUGAACAAAAAAGAAAAAAAGCAAUGUUGUAUUUUAUUCAGUAAACCAAGCGAAUUUAUUUAUUUACGUCACAUGCUGUUCGCAUUAUUAAUUCGGAUGAGAUUAAGGCGAUUACUAGUAAGCAUGAGAGCAAUGUCGAAUGCAAAUUAAACUUAUCUGCCGCCUUUUUCCUCCCAAUAACAACUGCCUGAAUUCACAAUCUCAAUGCCACCAACGUGUUUUCUGCUGCAUCAUCCGACCAUCGACUUCCCUACCAUGGUGAGUACUAUCAUGCGAAGCAACAGCGGACAACAACCCAAUGGGGUUCACAGUGCAUCCCCCGACCUCUCAUCUCCGGGCAAAGACAGCGGGGUUUACUUGAACGGAGGCAGCGUCGCCAGCGGAAACUCGCCGGCAAAGAAUAGCACGAACGGUGUGGCGGUUUCGGGAAACAACGGGAUCCCUUGUGAUUCCUCCUCUAACAACUCCCAGUCGUCCGCGGAUUCCCCGAAGUUGAUAACACAGUAUUGCCUCAGCGGCGACGACCAUAGCGGGGAAAAAUUGAGCAAAACUAACUUGUACAUUCGGGGUCUUUCAGAGAACACCACCGAUGCUUACUUAGUAGAGAUGUGCAAAGCAUAUGGGCAAAUAGUGUCAACCAAAGCUAUUCUAGACAAAAACACCAAUUUGUGCAAGGGCUACGGGUUCGUUGAUUUCGCCUACGAGGGUGAAGCGUUGAAAGCAGUUGUAGCGCUUCAAAAUAAAGGGGUUUUGGCCCAAAUGGCUCGACAGCAAGAACAAGACCCAACUAAUCUCUACAUCUCAAACUUGCCUAAGUCUUUCGAUGAGAAGAAACUGGAAAAACUUCUUAAAAAUUACGGCCAUGUGAUUUCAACCCGCAUUCUCAGAGACAAUUCAACCCAGAGCAAGGGAGUUGGGUUUGCGCGUAUGGAAUCCAAAGAAAUUUGUGAGCACAUUAUUGACAAACUAAACGGAAACCCUCUGCCGGGCCAGCCCCACCCACCGCCCGAGAAGGAACCUCUUCUAGUGAAGUUUGCAGAUACUGGGAAGAAAAAGAAACCGGAAACGAAGUUCAGAAACGGAGAGGAAUUUUUGACGAGUUUGACAGCACUGGACCCGUCUAUUUUGACACCUAAUGGGUUCUGUUAUCACAGCAUUGCCAACAACAGAAUGACGUCAGGGCCUGUCGCCGCAGCGCUGCCUCUGGCGGCGGCCACGAACCCCGCAUUCGCGGCUGCUUUCCCACACCAUCUUCCACUCGCGGCCGGAUAUCCCUCGAACUCACCUAACGGAGCACCCGGCCAACUUACCCAUCACGGUCACUUAGGGAACGGGGCUUACCCUCCGAUUGCCGCACUUUUGGGCCAGCAGUCAAUUGCGGCAGCCAUGCAGCAGCUCUCGCCCAACGGGGCCCAUCAACCUGCGGCCGGAAUUCCAGCGGGACUCGCGGGACAGCCUUCCUACCUGCUGUCAACAACCAACAAUAACCAAUACUCACAAGGCAUCCACCUGGACCAAAACUUAAUCUCUGGCACCUCUGGAGCUCAGAGCAACGGGGCUCUGAUGACAACUACCACUGCCUCGGGCCAAAGUGUUGCCAAUGGACACGGAGUCUCGCCGACGAUGCCGAACGGAAACGGGUUCUCGGGAGCCACUUCGGGAGUCCCGGUUUCCAUCGCCUAUUCGAGUCACUUGGCUCAUUUGGCACAUCAGAUGAACCAUAUGGCAAUCACCGGAAAUGGAUCCCAAGCUGUCAAUGGUCUAAGUGGGCCGCAUCCUAACGCACUGGCUAACCACCAUACGCAUUAUUUGACCACUCAGCAUCCUUUCUCAGCUACCGGCUGCGGACCGUACGGGACUGCAGGAUACUUGCCAGUAGCGUCAGCCCAAAGCGGGAUGGCAAACGGGAACGAGCAUCAACACCUGGCGGCGUUAUACGGACAACAGGCGAACCCCCAUCAUCUGCAAAUAUCUCUGGAAGAUCACCUUAAACAGCAGCAACUCAACGGACUCGUAACUACAGUUUCUACAAGUCAGGAUGUCAACGGUGACUACACAACAGCCCUUUCGCAGUGAAGCAAACUUCAGAAAACCACAAGAGAAAACUUUAGUCGCUACUAAUAAUACAAACUUUCCAGUCUUUCUAACUUAAAGCAACUAAGAGUACAACCCCCACCCCUCCCCCCAUUUGAACUCUCUGCGCUUUUGACAAUUUUCAAACGCUUAUAUUGCCCUCCUUCCUUAGAACCUCUGCUGCGCAAUAGCAGUGAUGUUUUAGCAGAAUUAGUUCUCACAUUUCGGUGAUGUCCAAUAUUGUCCUUUUUGCUGUAAACAGACACGACAGGUGUUGUAUGUUUAAUUUAAUUGCAUUAUAUGUCAAAUAUUAUUACUUUGUGCUCUUUGUUAUUUCUCAAUAUUAUUGCUCAGUUUUUGAGUUGUCCAAUAUCGAUGUUUAACUCUUCGAAUGGUAUUAAAAUGCGGGUCAGCCAAUUGCAGAUAAUACUUCAUUACUUCAUACGUGAUAGUGCAUUUAAAGUUUGGUUUUAAGGCCGCGAACGAUAUUAACAUUUUUUUUCUGAUCUAAUAUGAAGUUUCGAGCUUAUGUCACUUUUGUGUUAGAUCUUUUUUGCUUAGUUCCAUGUCGAGAGGAUAGUUAGAUUAAAUAUUUCUUAAAUCGAGGGCAACGUUGCUGAUUAUUUUACCCUUCUUAAAAUUAAGUCCUAAUUUCACUUGAAAAUACAGCACGGUUUCUUCUACUGAUGUUGGACUCAAUUUGAGAAAUUUGGUCCCCAUGGUUUGAUAGUUGGCCAAAAAUUGUUAGUUUACUGAUUGAAAUCCACAAUAUUUCAGUGUGUAAAGUGACUAAUUUUCCAAAUUCCUUUUAAUAUCUCUUUAUUUUUAUUUCUUGUGCUCUUAAAGAUAAAACCAAAAUGAUUUAAAAUUGCGAUUUAAUUUGUUUAAAAAGAUGAUUUAAAAAUUUUAUUAAUUUUUCUUUUGAAGUUCCUCAUUUUCUUUCCAUAUAUUGACAUUCCCAUUUUGCUAUUGAAAACGGCCAGAAUACAUUCUUCGUCUAAAUUAUGAACUGCAGCAGUAAAUUUUGCCGAUGCUGAUAUCACUCGGCAAGUAUGUACUCUAUGAGUGAUAGUGGACUUGUCAUUUCAACUGCGCCGUAAUUUAAAAUCCGAUUGUCAUUUUGCAGUUUAAUAAAACUGACGUUUAAACUUUUGCAGUGAGGAACAAAUUUGAAUAUUGAAUCUUUCAUAUUAUCCAAUUCUUUUGAAAAUAAAAAUGUCCAUGAAUGUU